AAUGGCUACAAGUCUACACCAACCGAAAACUAAGGUGUGAACGCAAAUUGUGAUUCGAUCACCACUAUCGGAGGAGGAUACCAGCCGGGCAUACAUGACUUCAUUUACCCGUCAAUACACCGGAAUCUUUAUAACCGGGAACGCAAUAGAAAUCGAUCCUAUGAGGGUAUAAGGCGGGCAUAAAUGAACUCAAGUACCCGCUUUUCCACUGGUACUGGAAUUUCAGGGGACGUUAGAAACCAGCCUCCGAUAUACCCUGGAUGGCGGGUAUGUUCAGCCGUUCCCUCAAGAAGAAUGGAGACUCUCCGAGCGUCAUGAGCUUCCAUAUUUUUGGGGUUAGGUCAUGUGUGAUGUGGCCUUUGCUCGUGAUCGGUGUUGUUGUUAUUGUUGUUGAAGGAAUUGGUGUUUGGAAGGAGUGGUAAGGCUAUGCUUACGGUGAGCGCCAAAUGGCAGAAAGAGAUUUUUUUUUCCUGCUGUGGAAAUUGACCUCGACCAGCCAGGGUACUUGUUUUAAGUGUCCCGUUGUAUGCUCUGACGGGCGUGCACCCGGAGCGGCAGAAGGUCAUGGUUAGAACUCGGAUUGCUGAGAAAUGAUGCGGACCUGCACAAGCUAGGGUUGAAGGAGGGCCAGCGGUUGAUGCUGAUGGGCACUGCCGAUGAGAUUUUUCCAAUGCACCUGUGGAGGUGCCUAUCCUCGCUGAGGAUUUGCCAGAGAAGCAGCAGGGCAUGGCUAAGCUUGGCCACACCGCAGGGCUUGUUAAUUUGGGGAAUACUUGCUAUAUGAACUCCACGGUGCAGUGCUUGCACUCAGUGCCGGAGCUCAGGGAUGCAUUGCGGGGCUAUACCGCCGUGGGUGCCAGUGUUUUUGAUUCCUUGUCGCAUACCCUAACCGUGGCGACACAUGAUUUGUUUAAUGAGCUUGAUAACAGCGCUCGACCGGUGGCAUCAUACCGUUUCCUUUCGGUGCUGCGAGACAAUUGCAGGCCCCUCAAGGCCUGUGUUUUAUGGGAGGUAUGGUGGAUUUGGGACUUUUCGAAAAGUAGAUCAUCGGGAGCGUGUUCUCUUAGAGUAUCGUAAAUCUUAGCUCCCACAACAAUUGUGAUCACUACUUGUGCUUCAGGUCCCGAUCAAGCACCGCUUUUUUCGAUGAGAGUGCUUGAAUUGGUUGGAUACUGGCCCCCAAUUCCUCGUUGAAAAUCAAUAAUUGCAAUGAUCUAUCCCCAUCACUAUGAAAUUUCAAAAGAUUACCCAAA